CUCUCACCCGAUUGCUGCAGCCGCCACAAACAUUUGAAAAUAAGAUGGGUUUCCGCCAUUAGCGUUUCAACACCACACUGUCCUCUCCGCUUCUUCUUCUUCUUCUUCAUCAAUGGAUUCUUCAACUUGCCCCAUCUGCAAUAUCUCACUCCCAUCCUCACAACUCCAAUGGCACGCCAACACCCACUUCGACGACGACGAUAAUCACGCUCCUCCGGUUGAACAAGCAAUUAAUGGCUUUCAUUUUGAUACAAUUUCUGGAGAUCAUGACAGUUGGUUUGGUGGGACUGGUAGAGGUAAAGGGGUGUGGGAAAUGAAUGAAAAGAUCUCUUGUUUGGUUGGUUUGCAGAGAUGGGGCGAUUUUUACAAGGUUGGAGCAGGUUUGAUGGUCUUGUUACGAAACUGUUUGGAGUCUGAAGCUGAUUCAAGAAGCAUUUUGUCAGGUUAUGUUGAUCAUUUCCAGAGCAAUCUGUCUGAGGAUGUUGGAUGGGGUUGUGGUUGGCGUAACAUCCAAAUGCUUAGCUCACACUUACUAGCACAAAGGCCAGGAGCAAGAGAAGCCAUGUUUGGUGGUUCAGGAUUUGUUCCUGAUAUCCCAUUUCUUCAGAGAUGGCUUGAGAUUGCUUGGGAAAGGGGUUUUGAUGAAACUGGCUCUCAUCAAUUCAAUCAUGCUGUUUAUGGCUCUAGGAAAUGGAUAGGAGCUACUGAAUGUGCUGCCUUAUUGCGUUCUUUUGGUCUCCGAGCAAAGAUAGUGGAUUUUGCUCCCAAGGAAUCUGAAUCUCUCUUUCUAUCCGUUCCUGGUUCAAGUGUCGGGGCACAGGAGCUAGUGACAAUUAAUGGUGGAAGGAAGAGGAAAAUAUCAAAUGUGUAUGGACCAAUGGAUAGAUAUCUGUAUCGUGAUGUUUCUCAAGCAAGCUGUAGCCAGGAUGCACAGUCAUGUUCUUCUCUUAUGCGGCUUCAUGAUGCUGUAGAUAACAAAAGUGAUGGUGAUGGGGCGGUGAAAAGUACUGCUAAACAAAGUAAGGGCCAUCAAGUUCUCAUGGACUUCGUGUGGAAUUAUUUUUCUAGUAACGACUCAAUUCAAUUUGGCCACCAGCGUGUUGCUAUCAGCCAGAAAACGCCCUUAUACUUUCAACACGAUGGACAUUCAAGAACCAUAGUUGGAAUCCAAGUCAAACAUCAAAGGAAUGGAGCAAUGCAAUAUAAUCUCCUCAUUCUGGAUCCUGGCCAUAGAACGGCUGCUCUAGAGAGAACACUUAAGGAGAAAGUUGGAUGGCAGAGAUAUGUAAAAAGAGGAGUGCACACUCUGAGGAGAAAACAAUACCAGCUGUGUUAUGUUGAUCCUGGAAUAGCCAAUGAGAAGGAGAUGGAACAACUCAAGACAAUGGAUAGUGUUUUCCUUGAACUUUAGACAACCAUAUAAAGGUCUUUGCUACAUCAAGAUAAUUUUGUUAUUUACAGAAGCUGGCGGCUGUAUAAAAAGUAAAAACUGUUAACCAUAUAAGGUUUCUUCCAAGCUCAGUCUGAUAUCAUCCCUGAAGUUAAAGUAUACAUACAACAUAGCAGCAGGGGAAUAAUCACCAGAUACAAUUUAGUCUUUUCUAUGGACCUCAAUGACUCUGCUGUGUGGGAUGGGAUCAUCUAAUUGCACCACUAAUGAGUGCUACCGUGUUUUUAUUUGAUUAGAAUUCUAAUGUGUCAUGAAGCCGAGUCCAGUACUCCUUAACAAAUACUCCCUCAGUUCCUAUUUAACUGUCCACUUUGAGUGGAGGCACACAUAAAAGGGUGUGAUUAAUUUUGUUGAUUUUUAGAAAAAGUGAGGGUUAUUUUUCUAUUUUAUCCUUUAAAGUAUGUGUUAUCUCUCAUCAUUUAUUUUACUGACAAGGACAUUUGUUGUAAAAACAUCAUUUAAUGCUCUCUUGAAAUGCUAAGUGGACAGUUAAAUAGGAACAAAAAAAUUUCUUCAAAGUUGACAAUUAAAUAGGAACAGAGGGAGUAUUUGUAAAUAACUUUUUAUAAUUAAAUUGAGCUAUAAUUUUUAGGGUGAUUCUAGGGUGGACCACCCUAACACAUGAAGUAUGAGGAACAAGUCACAAGCUGUCGGAACUCUAAGCUACAACGUCACUCCAAGAAAGAAAGAAAAACAUCCAUGUGAGUCGUAGCUCUUGAGAUUCUUCCCUAUCACACAAGAGCCUAAGACUUAAAGCGUGAAGAAUGCACAUACUCAUCUAUCCUUGUGUUGUAACACAAUAUUUUUCAUUAGAAUAAUAGGGGUGACAAUGGUUGAACUCUAGCCCACAUGGUCAAAAGACUCUUAUACUUCUAAUGUAGGACUCAAGUCCCAUACCAUACAUUUGUCCAUUUGUUUCUUCCUCCUCCUAAAGAUCAAGUCCCAUACCAUACAUUUGUCCAUUUGUUUCUUGUAAUGGAUGAUAAGAACCUUGGUAGAAUCGUACCACAAAAGCGUCGUUGUAGUUGGCAGCCCGAGACCUAAUAAAUCUCACAUUAGAAUCUCAUUAUUCUAA